ACAGUAAUCCAGCACCUUUAAUAUCAGUGCGGUGGUCCACCACUCGAAAAAUAAACAUCAUGGAGUACAGACUGCAGAACACGUUUCUGUUAGCCGUCCUGCUGGUGUCUGAAGGUUUUAUUGGGCUGCAAGCACAAGAGGAUGGCGAGGGCAACAGCACAUGGGCUAGGAAAAUUUGCAAGUGUGACUGUGAUUCCUCUAGCAAGUUGCUUUCUAAAGGUUCUUCAUCAAGUAGGGGACAGGAGAUGGACUGCAUGCCAGAGUGUCCCUAUCAUAAGCCCCUGGGUUUUGAGGCAGGAUCUGUGACCUCAGAUCAGAUCAGCUGCUCUAAUGAAGACCAGUACACAGGCUGGUUCUCCUCCUGGAUUCCAAGCAAAGCAAGGCUCAACAACCAAGGAUUUGGGUGUGCCUGGCUGUCUAAGUUCCAGGAUACCAACCAGUGGCUUCAGAUUGACCUGAAGGAGGUCGAAGUGGUUUCUGGUAUCCUGACCCAGGGCCGCUGUGACUCUGAUGUGUGGGUUACCAAGUACACCGUGCAGUACCGCACCAAUGAGAAACUCAACUGGAUCUACUACAAGGACCAAACUGGAAACAACAGGAUGUUCUAUGGAAACUCUGACCGCUCUUCCACAGUCCAGAACCUUCUGCGUCCACCUAUCGUAGCACAUUACAUCCGUAUCCUCCCUCUUGGUUGGCACACUCGCAUCGCCAUCCGCAUGGAGUUGCUACUUUGCAUGAAUAAAUGCACCUGAUCUGGAACAUGUCAGCGAAGCCAUACUCAACUAUUUCCUGUUCCAUCCCAUUUCUUGUAUCCCAACAUGCCAAAGUGAAUAUCACUGCCCAAUCACUGCACUCAAUUCAUUUAUUCUUAUUUUCUGGUAUUUUCAAGGAAGAAGCGAUCAUUAGAAUGUGUUAAGGUUACAUUUAUUUGUCUUAAAUAUGUUUUCCUCUUCUUUUUGCAUAUAAAGACGUGUAUUUCAUUCAUUUUAUAAACCAAAAAUGUGUUGCUUUGUCAAAUAAUUUUUUAUCAAAUUGCAAGCUGAGGCCACUGUAGUAAUAUGGCUAAACCAGAGGCUUGCUUAUCUGAGACAUCUCAUGGAGUUUUGUAUUAUUGUGUGUUCUAAUGUGGUUUGUGAUGGUGAUGUAGGGUGUUUCAUUCCCACAGUUAUGACCAAUUCCUUUUUGAAUUUAUUAUGAGCGUACAUUGUUUAAUUGUGUUUGUGGCUUACCUGAGAAACAAUGCCUUUGAAU